CAGUUCGUGAUUGUUUUCAUCGACGACAUCCUCAUUUAUUCGAGAUCGGAGGCAGAUCAUGAGCAGCACCUCCGUUUAGCUUUGCAGACCGUACGGGAGCACCAGCUAUACGCCAAGUUCAGCAAGUGUGAGUUUUGGCUUUCAGAAGUGAGAUUUCUCGGCCACAUCAUCAGCAAAGAGGGCAUAUCAGUAGACCCAGCUAAGGUUACAGCAGUGCUUGAUUGGGAGCCGCCAAAGACAGUGACAGAUAUUCGCAGCUUUUUGGGAUUAGCAGGCUACUACAGGAAGUUCAUCCAGGACUUCUCGAAGAUUUUGACGCCACUUACACGCCUUACGAAGAAGGGUGUACAGUUUAUUUGGACCACAGAAUGCCAGAAGGCCUUUGAUAUCUUGAAGACUAAGUUGACCUCAUCACCAGUUUUGACUAUCCCGAGAAACGACAGGACAUUCGUCGUCUACACAGAUGCAUCAUUGGCAGGAUUAGGAGGCAUCCUUAUGCAGACUCAGAGAGUAGUAGCUUAUAUCUCACGGCAGUUGAGAGUGCAUGAGCAGAACUAUCCCACUCAUGACUUGGAGCUAGCAGCAGUGGUAUUUGCACUAAAGUCAUGGAGGCACUACUUGUAUGGAGUGCAGUUUGAGUUAUUCAUAGACCACCAGAGUCUGAAAUAUCUUUUCUCUCAAAAGGAACUCAACCAGAGGCAGCGGAGGUGGAUUGAGUUUAUCAAGGACUACGAGUUUGCGAUUCAGUAUCACCCGGGGAAGGCGAACGUCGUAGCAGAUGCUUUGAGUAGGAAGCGUCAACAUCGGAUUGCGGCUUUGAGGUGCUCAUUGCACCGAGACCUUCUCGCUCUUAGCCAGUUUGAUUUUAGACCUGGGUUUGGUGGCACUAGUGUAAAGGCGGAGCACCAGAGACCAGCAGGCACACUUCAGCCGUUGCCUAUCCCAGAAUGGAAGUGGGCGGACAUUUCUAUGGACUUUAUUGUAGGGUUGUCCAAGUCGAAGAAGUGGAAUGAUUCAGUUUGGGUCAUUGUGGACCGGUUGACGAAGUCAGCACAUUUUAUCCCAGUAAGGACUACUUAUACAGCUGAGGCGUAUGCGAGGAUUUUCAUUCGGGAGAUAGUUCGACUUCACGGAGUUCCGGAUACGAUCGUGUCGGAUCGAGGAUCGGUUUUCACUUCGCAUUUUUGGAGGAGUUUUCAGGAUUCAUUUGGCAGCAAGCUAUCUUAUAGCAGUGUAUUCCACCCACAGACAGAUGGUCAGACGGAGAGGGUGAACCAAGCAUUGGAGGACAUGUUGCGAGCAUGUGUCAUUGAUUUCCAAGGCAGCUGGGAGGAUCAUAUCCCACUGAUAGAGUUCGCUUAUAACAAUAGUUAUCAAGCGACUAUCGGUAUGGCUCCGUAUGAGGCACUGUACGGGAGACCAUGUAGAUCACCGAUAUGUUGGGCAGAGCCUGAGGAUAGUUUGAUGCUUGGACCAGAACUUGUGAGGCAAACUAUCGAGAAGGUAGCGUUGAUCAGGGAGCGGAUUCUAGCCGCUCAGAGUCGGCAGAAGAGUUAUGCAGAUAAGAGGCGAAGACCCCUAGAGUUUCAGAUUGGGGAUUUGGUUAUGCUGAAGGUAUCGCCUAUGAAAGGCGUACAGCGAUUCGGGAGGCGAGGGAAACUUGCACCGAGAUACAUUGGACCAUUCCGGAUUUUGGAGCGCAUUGGAGCUGUGUCAUACAGACUAGAUCUUCCAGCUUCUAUGUCUAGUAUACACAAUGUAUUCCAUAUUUUUAUGCUCAAGAAGCACUUGCAUGAUGAGGAGCAGCAGCGAGUGUUGGAUGCACCGGAGAUUGAGCUUCAGGAUGAUUUAUCGACUAUUGAGAUCCCAGUGUCCAUACUUGCUAGAGAAGUCAAGAGACUCAGGAACAAGGUGAUUCCAUUGGUGAAAGUUCAAUGGAACAGAAGUGGAGUUGAGGAAGCUUCUUGGGAGCGCGAGGAGGACAUGCGACGCGACUACCCACAUUUGUUCGAGCAGUCGAGAAUCGAUGGCUAUAGAAGUGUAGAUCAGAAAAUUGGAAGUGUGGAUCGUGUUGAACAAGUUACAGUUGGGAGAAAUGCUUUGUUCAGCCCGUGA